AUGUCUGGUACUAUGACUCCUCCCUCUCAAGUUCUUGACGACUUCGAUGCCUCCAGGAUGCUUAUAAGCCCUCCACCUGAGGAAACCCUUCGAUCCACUCGCGCCAGAUCUACCCCUUUAUCUAGCAAGCAGCCUCCUUUUGGCUCUUCAUUUCUUGCCAAUCCGCCAACCUCCACGGCUCCCCCGGCUUCCAAGCGCAAACGCCAGAUAUCUCCGACGUCCGCCCACAAGACUCAUGAUGCUGCAGGAAUCAGGGAGAUUGAAGACAGCGAGGCGGUCCAUGUGAACACUACACCCAACCCCAAAGCUCUGCCCCAAUUAGCGUCCCUCACGCUCGAUCCGUCCUCGAGCCACUCUCCUCGCCGGUCUUCGCCAAAGAAGCAGGUGUCCGUUCAGUCCCCUCAUGCUUCCAAUCCCAACGCAGACUUCGUAGCGCUCUCUCCUGGAAGGCAGCAUGAAUCUGGCUCUGUCGCCCGCAGGCGUUCUGUGACUCCCCUGCCGCCAUAUGAACCUCCACGGGAACGAUUCACGCCUCCACGCGAAGUGUUUCGCUCGCUGCCACCUCGAUCGCCCGCUCCCCGAUCGAGCAAACGGAAGCCUAAGCACAAGCUCACGCUGCUGAUCAAGAAGGAGCCGCCCGACAUUGACUUGAGCCAGCCGCCUCCACCAGCCUCGCCGACAGAUGAUCCCCUUCUGCUAUCUGGUCCUCCUCGACACAUCAAGCCGCACCGCAACACUGCUACCCAGGGCUCUCGCGAGACACCGCCUUUGGCAUCGACGUCCCCUAUCCGUGAUGAGGACAUGCAACACGCGUUCGCGUUUGAUGCGCCAUCUGGCGGAGCCGAUACGACCAUGAGCGACGACUUCUCCAUUGUCCCCGCCUUUAAUUUUGAUGGUGCAGUGGACGAUGGUUUCUCGUCGAGUGAAGACGAGCACGAGGACUUCGAUCAAACAGGCGAGUACACUGGCAAAUUCAGGAUGCUCGCGGUGCCCACGAAGGAGGACCCGCCAAACAGUCAUACGCGUGAGCGUAUGGAGGCGUGGGGCCGCCCGAUCAGCCCGUUCCCGCGGAUUAUCGAUCUCGUCAACGACCCGCCCUCGCCCAGUGAGCGCAAGAGUGCUAGCCAACCUCCCGUGCAGGAUGACCCCAUAGCAGCAUCAGCAGUUGUCGAUAUCGCGGAGAAUCCCUUCAUUGAGGUGCACUCUCCGCCUCGCGAGGCUCAAUUGUCUGGAAACACCACCUUGGACACUUCAUUCGACAGUGCUCCUGACACAGAAUCCGAAGACAGGAGCCAUGCGGAGCAAGAACAGGUAUCGUCAAGAGAGCUGAGCACAUCAACGGUACUAGGGAGCGCGGAGCCGGACGGCGGACCUCAGGGAGAAUCCCCCCUGUCUGAAGCGGCCACUGCAGUCAUGGGGGAUGUCUCCCCAAAGCACAAGCAUGAUGUGCUGCCCGCUCCGCAGUGGUCACCGCUGUCAGAUAAAACUCAGAGCGAGGAUGGGGAUGAGGACGACGACGAUGAUGAUGACGAGGCCUUUGUCGAUCGGGAACUUUCUCGUGAGCCCGAGGCCGAAGACGACGAGCAAGUGUCGCCGGAUACCACGAGGACUGAUAUAGUGGGCGAGACGGAGGUUGCCUUGCAAGAUGACUACGACGUUGAGUCAUCUGACGACGACCUCGAAGAGCUGGACUCGGGUGUCAUCCAGGUGACGAGUGAUGAUCCACUCGCUGCAGCGCGGGCUGCUGCCAUCCUGAAGAUGCACAACUACGACUGCAUCCCGCGGAGCAAGGCGAGCUCGCGCCGGCAGUCGCAGAUAAGCAUCGAGUCAUUGAGCUCUCGGCGGCACUCGCAGCUGGGCAUCGAUGCGAUGCUGCGUUCGGCACGCAGGCGGUCAGCGCUAGAGUCGGGGAUCUCGAAGAAUUCUCCUCGCAAAGAGCGGCGGCGCACAUUUGGGGGCUUCGUAGGCGACGAAGUCGUCAUCCCUGGGAGCCCCAACAUCUCGCUGCCUGAGCUGCUCAAGGAGCCCGCGCCGCCUGCGGAGCACAUCAAGGUGGCCGCAUUCAGUCGUCUUGCAGCACAGCCGCAGUCAUUUGCGACACCCACGAAGACUCAGCUUGCUUUGGCGGCAUCUUCCCGCGCUGCUCCUGAGGUGAAUGACAAAGGCGCCUUGCCUAGUACAUGGUGCAAGGCGGACUGGAAGCUCCUCGAUUCAUGCUUCACCGAUGAAAGGCUCUCACUCGGCGAAACCCGAGGAUUGUCGGGGAAUAGUCUGGCGCCGGUGGACGACGUUGAUGUGGAAUGUGUAGCAGAUAGAUUCAUGCAGCUGCUCGAUGGUGCUCGCAAAUUUGACAGGUUUGUCUCUGCCGUGUCCCUGUAUGCUUCUUACUGA